AUGCGUCCGGAGGGAAACGAGCGCUCCCCGCCCCGCCCCGCCCGCCGUCGAUGGCACAAAAGGCCCCCGGACGAAGAAAUCAAAUACGGAAACCUCGGCUCCGUCUGCAAGCUCCUGGGAUUCCCGCUCCAGGGGGUUCCCGUCGCCGGCGCGGAGGAGGAGGCUCGGCGAGGGGAGCGCGGAACGGGCACCGCCGCGGCCGGAGCCGGCGGAGACCGGCGGAAGAUGCAGCAGGAGCGGGAAGCGCAGCAGCUGCAGCAGGAACGGCUGCACGAGCUGCACCGGGAGCAGCAACUGCAGCGGGAGCAGCAACUGCAACGGGAGCUGCAGCAGCAGAAGGAGCUGCAACAGGAGCAGCAGCAGGAGCAGCAACUGCAGCGGGAGCUAGAGCAGGAGCGGCAGCAGGAGCUGCAACAGAAGCAGCGACUGCAGCUGGAGCAGGAGCUGGAGCAGGAGCAGCAACAGGAGCUAGAGCAGGAGCUGCAGCAGGAGCUGCAGCAGGAGCUAGAGCAGGAGCUGCAGCAGGAGCAGCCGCUGCAGCAGGAGCUAGAGCAGGAACUGCAGCAGGAGCAGCCGCUGCAGCAGGAGCAGCCGCUGCAGCAAUUGCAGCGGCAUCACCCGCAUGGGGUGAAGACGCCGCGGCUGCCCCCGGUGUAUAUCUACAGCCCUGAGUAUGUCACUGCCUGCGACUCCUUGUCCAAGGUCCCCAAAAGGGCCAGCAUGGUGCAUUCGUUGAUUGAAGCCUAUGCAUUGCUCAAGUUAAUGAGGGUGGUCAAACCCAAAGUGGCCUCCAUGGAGGAGAUGGCAACCUUUCACACCGAUGCUUAUCUGCAGCACCUCCAGAAAGUCAGCGAGGAAGGGGACGACGAUCACCCAGAAUCGGUGGAAUACGGUCUAGGCUAUGACUGUCCAGCCACUGAAGGGAUAUUUGAUUACGCGGCCGCGGUGGGCGGGGCUACAAUCACAGCUGCCCAGUGCCUGAAUGACGGAAAAUGCAAAAUCGCGAUCAACUGGGCCGGAGGUUGGCACCACGCGAAAAAAGAUGAAGCAUCUGGCUUUUGUUAUCUCAAUGAUGCCGUCUUGGGAAUUUUGCGAUUGCGACGGAAAUUUGACCGAGUUCUCUACGUGGAUUUGGAUCUACACCACGGGGAUGGUGUGGAAGAUGCCUUCAGCUUCACUUCCAAAGUCAUGACUGUGUCUCUGCACAAAUUCUCGCCAGGAUUUUUUCCAGGAACCGGGGACGUGUCUGACAUUGGUUUAGGGAAGGGACGGUACUACAGCGUCAACGUGCCCAUUCAAGAUGGCAUUCAAGAUGAGAAGUAUUACCAGAUCUGCGAGAGCGUAUUGAAGGAGGUGUAUAUAGCCUUCAAUCCCGAAGCCGUGGUUGUGCAGCUGGGGGCCGAUACGAUGGCCGGAGACCCCAUGUGCUCUUUUAACAUGACUCCAGUGGGGAUCGGCAAGUGUCUGAACUACAUCCUUCAGUGGCAGCUGGCUACCCUCAUCCUGGGUGGAGGAGGCUACAACCUCGCCAACACGGCCCGCUGCUGGACGUACUUGACCGGGGUCAUCCUGGGGCGAACACUAUCCUCUGAGAUCCCAGAUCAUGAGUUUUUCACAGAAUAUGGUCCCGAUUACGUGCUGGAGAUCACGCCAAGCUGCCGGCCGGACCGCAACGAACCACACAAAGUCCAGCAAAUUCUAAAUUCCAUCAGAGGGAAUCUGAAGCAUGUGGCUUAGUUGACAAGGAGAGCUCGGAUUUCCACAACAGAGGAGCGUUUCCUGUAAUGAAGACAGUGUGUUUAUGUGAACGGUUUGUGGAAUUUGUGGCUGCAGGGGAAAUUUGGAAGAAAUUACUUCUUGAAAGUUUCCAAGCCAGCACCAAGCGGCGGCUGAUCUCCCGCAGUGCGGUGGGCAAGAGAGUCACCAGAGCCCUUGGCCAGAGGGGGAGGGGAGACCUACCUCCCGAAGUCCAGACUGCUCAGGCACAACCUUGGGAAGACGGAUUCCGCUUUAUUUUUAAGAAAGAAAAAAAAUCCAUUUUUAUCCCCCCAAAUUAUUUUUGGGUUUUUUUAAAGGGUUUGAACA